CGCGGGAUUGGCUGUUGGCGGCGUUGCGGCUGAGCUCGUGUGCGGCGGCGGAGGUGUUAUCGGCGGCUGCAGCAAAGCGUUUGGCGCGAUGUCUCACACCAUUUUGUUGGUACAGCCUACCAAGAGGCCAGAAGGCAGGACUUAUGCUGACUAUGAGUCUGUGAAUGAAUGCAUGGAAGGUGUUUGUAAAAUGUAUGAAGAACAUCUGAAGAGAAUGAAUCCCAACAGCCCUUCCAUCACAUAUGAUAUCAGUCAAUUGUUUGAUUUUAUUGAUGAUCUGGCAGAUCUCAGCUGUCUUGUUUACCGAGCUGAUACACAGACAUACCAGCCGUAUAACAAAGACUGGAUCAAAGAGAAGAUCUACGUGCUCCUCCGUCGACAGGCCCAACAGGCUGGGAAGUAA